AUUACCGACAGUGUAACACCUCCUGAACGUGACGGAUUCCAGCUUGCUGUCACUCUCUGACAUAUGACGUUCCUCCCACAACUGCGACCCAGAACAUUGUCCGAUACAAUCGCUUUACCGAUCCCCCCCUCGACAUCCGACAGCCUGCCCUUGCCUCAGUGCAAAAAUCGUGCUUGGUUCUGGUUCCCUAGUUUGACUGCGUCUGCUGGGAUUUUCCAGGCUGGCCGUUGGCCGCCAUGACCACGGGCGCUUAGCAUCUUCAGCAACACUAUCCAGUCUCUUCUCCAAUCUCCAAGAACUCGCACGGCCGCGCCGACAUGUCGACGGCAUCACGGUCUUCUUACCAUCCCAACCGCCGGUUCGGUAGUGUGCAGAGCAUACAGGAUGACAGUCGCUCCAACCGCACGUCUUCGAGGACCCGCGCCCCGGCGGUUAGCUACGAUGAUGCUUACUCGUUCGCCCUCCGCAUCGCCUACCUCCGCUAUCUUCUGCAGCCGAGGAAGAAGCGAAAGGAGUAUGUCAGCACUCCAAAACCGCCCCAGCGCACCCACACCCAUAGCUCGAGUAUGAGCGAGCUCUUGAAGGAACUGGUCCCCUCGGGUUCAUCCUCGAUGAAGCUGCCGAAUGGUUUCUACAAGGCCCUUGAGCGACGCAUGUCUGGUGUUCUCCAGGGCAUUGAGAAGUUGCCAGGAUACAGCGAUGCUGCCGUGAAAAGGACCUUCGCCGAGGCCUACACUGCCUUCACCGCCAAGGAGUUUCAAAAGUCCAUCGAAAAGGACCGCAAGGUGGAACCGCUGGUCUUGAUCUUCUACUCGUCCGCAACCAAGGCUCAGGGACGGGGUAAGCCUGCCGACGACCACUCGUGGAAGCAGCUGGUGGACAGGCACCUUGCCAUGUUUAUCCGACUCCUCAGCAGCAUCUUGAGAGACAAGGGGGACGCCGAGCUCGUAUUCCGCCUCAACACUCUUGAAAAGAAGCUGAUGAGCAAUGACCAAAACCUAUACCUCGAUACUGGCCAGGAAGACCAUUCAUAUGUCGAAGUCGAGAUCCCCCUCAGCUACGAGAUCAAAGACAUGCCCAUGGUGCUACUAGUCGCCAAAAUAUUUGGUGUGCCUAACUCUCAGGUACAGGCCGACAUUGACAGAAAUAUGUCCUCUUGGACUGAAGAUGCCGCCUUGCAAGAUUACAAAGCCUACCAGUUCAGACUUUCUGCGGGCAUGGCCGGAACUCUCCGAAAGCAGGAUUUUGAUCUGGACGACGCAUAUGAGGAAUGGAGGAGACAGGAGGGCCCUCAUCUGGCCAAGAUAUUCGCCGAGAUUCUGAGCGUACGUCCGGAUCUCAAGGCGGGAGCCGGCUCAGGCAACGACAAGCCGCUGCCCGUUCGGCCGCAAUCCAUGUACGAGGACCAGGCUUACGCGGAUUUGAGUAAAAUGCUCUCCAAUCCAGAGUCGCCUGUCAGCAGCCCCGACCCCUCUUUCAGCUUCGGCUCGCUUUCUCUGGAUGAGACACCCAGCAUCCGAGCCGUCGAUGAGCCAAGCUACACUUUUAUCCCACCAGAUCCGCGUUCCGUCUACAAGGUCAUUUUGCAAUAUGCUCUGUCGUACGAUCAGCUGCACUCGGACACGUCCUCCUCGCCCCUCUCCGAAGAGACUACAGGCUUAUUGGUAGAACUCGCCGUGCGAUGGAGGAUUCCGCAGUUCUCUAGAUAUGUCGCUUUUGUUGAGGUCGCGACUCGCAAAUUUCUUGAUCAAGAGUUACCCCCGGAACAGCUCUAUGCCUGCCUAGAUCUUGUCAAGGAGCCGCUGCCAGAGUCCAAGAAUCCUCCUCUGAUCCAGAUGUACACAUCUACUCUUAGCGACAUCGAUCCCAGUAGAUGGACCAUAGUUGACUUCGCCGGCUACCAGCAAUCCCUGCGGGAUCUCCAUGACGCCUUGCUGCGGGACCUUUUCAAUCUCAUGAUGCGCUGCUACGAACCCAAGCCGCCAACCAUCGGCGUCGUUAUGGCGACCCUAAAUAAUCAUAUCUACAGCGACGCCUCCUUUUCUCAGCGGCCAGAAGACGCUGCCGAAUUCACGCAACAGCUUGAAAACGGACUGCGCCAACAAGCAGCCAACGUGUACAGAGAGUACCUAGAUGCCAAGAUUCCCCGCAGCCAGCAGGACUGGAACUUUGCCCACGUGGUGGACUUGGGCAAGGCCAUCGUGUCGCUUGCAGAGAGAAUGAAGAAGCGCUACCGCAAGAACCCGGAAAUCAUGGGCGUCAGCCCCUUCAAGGUGGUGGUCGAGGUCACCUUUCCAAGUUUUGAGGAGGAUUGCCACGAAAUCAUCAAGCGCGUCUUAAAGACGGCUGAAGAGAGUGAUCUUGAGAUUCCGCUUGACGACGGGUUCGAGUUGUACAGGGAACUCGUCGAGAUCAGAAGAAUACACGUGGAAUCCCUCCCAGGAAAACCCUUUGCCUUUCACAUUGAGGGCCUCCUCGAAGGGUUCGUGUGGCGAUGGAUCAAGAAUGCCGAAGAGAAGGUGGUGGGCUAUGUCGAGAAUUCCAUCAAGCACGACCCCUUCAACGUCCGGACUCGCAAUCCCGAGGACAUACCCACGGACGAGGAGCGCCACAGUUCGUCCAUUAUAGAUGUUUUCCAGCUCUUCACGCAAACAGCCGAGUCACUGGCCAAGCUCGAGUGGGCAGACGAGGUUCACAUGGCACGGUUCAUGACAGCUAUUUCUAGAGUAUUUGCUUCGGGCAUUGGCCGAUACUGUGAGAUUGUGGAGCAGCAGUUUACAAGGGAGAUGGAUCGGCAAACCGCGCAAGAGGUUGCCGCGGCUUCGAAAACGACUCAAGAAAAGCUGCUCCAGUACGCAAAAGAUGCCUGGAAUACCAAGGAGAAGAUUGCGCCUUUCCAGUUCUUACCCCAGUCAUUCGUAAAGUUUAACAACAUCGAGUGGGCUAUGCAGGAGCUGGAUAAACUUGAGAAGAUCAUGUCAGUCGAUCGAUGGGCUGAAGUGCUCCGGAGAGUUGACGGCCCAAAACAAGCUGCAAAGAGGCCAGCACACUAUGUUUUCACAAUCAAGAUUGUGGAGGGCGAGGAGCUGAAGGCCUGUGAUCCGGGCGGAACAAGCGAUCCGUACGUUGUACUGUGCGACGAGUACCAGAAGCGACUGGCCAAGACCAGGGUCAUCCCGCGGAAUCUUAACCCGCGGUGGGACGAGGCUGUUGAUAUCACGGUUUCGGGGCCACUCAACCUCAUUGCCACCAUCUGGGAUUAUGACAUGUUUGGCGACCACGAUUUUGUUGGCCGGACGUCGCUGAAGCUUGACCCUGUGCAUUUCAGCGACUAUCUGCCAAGAGAGUUUUGGCUUGAUUUGGACACGCAGGGGAGGCUGCUGAUCAGGGUCAGCAUGGAGGGCGAACGGGACGAUAUUCAGUUCCAUUUUGGCAAAGCUUUCAGACACUUGAAGAGGACGGAGCGGGACAUGGUGCGCAAAGUCACCAGCAAGCUUUCUGUGGUCAUCAAUACCUCACUCUCUCACGAAGCUCUCCGUGGUCUGCUGAGCAAGGGUAUCACGGCCUCGAUGGCCAGCCUCUGGAAGAAGAGGCAGUCGACAGCGCCAACCAUCACACCAGCAGAGGUGGAAAACGCGCUUCGGCCGCUGUUCACCUACUUUGACGAGAAUUUUGCCAUCAUGAAGCAGACGCUGACGGAUGCCACUAUGAUGGCGGUCAUGACGAGACUGUGGAAGGAGGUGCUGAUUGCGAUCGAAAACUUGCUCGUCCCGCCGUUGUCGGAUAAGCCUUCGACGCAGAAGCCGCUCACGCAGGCCGAGAUGGAUGUUGUCUAUCGUUGGCUCGAGCUUCUCUUUGCCUUCUUCAACGCCAAAGACGAGUCAGGUGAAGUGCUGGGAGUGCCGGCGGACAUCCUGAAGUCGCCUAAGUGGCACGAACUGGCGUCCCUCAACUUCUUCUACUUUGACUCGACCGAGUCGCUAAUCCGCACGUCGGAGCGCAUGGCAGCGGCCAAUUCGGAGCGGGCGAAGCAGCAGGCCCAGCAACAGAUGCAGGCUAAUUCGGGGAGCAACCGGUUAUCCGCCCCGGCUUCGUUGGGGGUGCCGUCGUUCGGGCCGGCGGGAUCUGUUGCGUUUGGCAGCCUCGGGACGAUCCGGCGCGGCAAAAGCAUCAUGAUGAGCCGCAACCUGGGCACGAUGCGGCGCGCCAAGGAGGAGAAGCGCAAGGAGGCGCAGGCUGACCCCAGCGACGACAUGAUAUUGCGCAUCCUCCGCAUGCGGCCCGAGGCGGCAAACUACCUCAAGGAGCGGCAGCGGCAGAAGGAGCGCAUGGCGGCGGCGCAGGCGGCGGCCAUGAUUGUGCGCCAGAGCGUCAAUCAGGGGUGGAAUUCUGGGCCGGCUUUUGGCGGCGCCUUGUAUGGGCGGAACCCGAUGCCUAAGCGGUAGGUGGGCGGGCCGGAGUUGGGUGGGGGCUAUACUACUACUAGAAUGCCGAAGUGGCAUUCGGGAUGGGAGUGGGAGAAGGCGGGAGAAGCAGAGAUGACUUGAUGAUGUCUCCUAUUCGGUUGCAUGCUUGGCAUUAUUUUUACCCGGAUGUUUUGGUGUAAUAGCCAUGGAUUUGGCGGGUGGGUGUUGAUGGGGGACGAUCCAGGAUACCCUGAUUCCUAUGCGGACUGUGAAAUGUGAAAUUGUCUGGGCUGAUGGCAAUGGGGAUGAUAAAGCGAAGUGAUGCUCCAAUAAUAAUGGAUAUCCAGAUUUGUGUUUAGUUACAGCCUAUUGAAGCAUAGCGGUGAAGAAUUGAUGAUGUCGA